AUGACAACGGCAGCGAAGCCCGUGAGAUCGUCCGCAUGCGACAAAUUCGAAUACGACCCACGCUUCCAGGAAUACCAGAUCAUCGGGCGCCAUCUGCCCAGCGAGACCAACCCCUCGCCCAAGAUCUACCGCAUGCGCAUCUUUGCGACCAACGAGGUUGUCGCCAAGUCGCGGUUCUGGUACUUCCUUGGCAAGCUCCGCAAGAUCAAGAAGGCCAACGGUGAGAUCGUCUCCGUAAACCAGAUCCACGAGAAGAAGCCCCAGAAGGUCAAGAACUUCGGUAUCUGGCUCAAGUACGACUCGCGCUCCGGUACCCACAACAUGUACAAGGAGUACCGCGAGAUGUCCCGUGUCGCCGCCGUCGAUGCUCUGUACCAGGAUAUGGCCGCCCGUCACCGAUCGCGCUUCAGGUCCGUUCAGAUUCUCAAGGUUGUUGAGGUCGAGAAGGCCGACGACCUCCGCCGCCCAUACAUCAAGCAGCUCCUCACCAAGAACCUCAAGUUCCCGCUGCCCCACCGCAUCAACAAGAAGGUUGGAAAGAAGGUCUUCUCCUCUACCCGACCAUCCACUUUCUUCUAA